GAGAGGGACAAUUUCUCCAGAGAUCAAAACCGAGAAUCAUGGGCAGUGAUUCGCUCCCCCCUGCAGCUGUGCAGUUCUGCUACGAGCACCUGAAUGGAUCCUGUGUCAAAACCCCCUACUCAUCAGGCCCCCGCCUGGUCCUGUACACAGUGUUUGGCUUUGGGGCUGUGCUGGCUGUAUUUGGAAAUCUCUUGGUGAUGAUUUCAAUUCUCCAUUUCAAGCAGCUGCAUUCUCCAACCAAUUUUCUGAUUGCAUCCCUGGCCUGUGCUGACUUCCUGGUGGGAGCAACUGUGAUGCCCUUCAGCACUGUGAGGUCUGUGGAGAGCUGCUGGUACUUUGGGCAGAGUUACUGCCAACUUCACUCUUGUUUCGAUGUGUCAUUCUGUUACGCUUCCAUCUACCACUUGUGCUUUAUCUCUCUGGACAGGUACACUGCGGUCACUGACCCCCUGGUCUAUCCAACCAGGGUCACUGUGUCUGUUUCUGGCAUGUGUAUUGCCUUCUCCUGGCUUUUUCCAGUUACUUAUACUUUUUCACUUCUUGCCUCAGGUGCAAAUGCAUCUGGGCUGGAAGAUCUAGUAAGUGCUCUCACCUGUGUGGGAGGCUGUCAAAUUGCAGUGAAUCAAAGUUGGGUAUUGGUAAAUUUUCUAAUAUUUUUCAUCCCCACUCUUGUGAUGAUAAUUGUUUACUCCAAGAUUUUCCUCAUUGCUCAACAACAGGCUAGAAAAAUUGAAGGGAUGAGCAGUAAGAGUAGGAGAUGCUCAGACAGUUACAAAGACAGAGUGGCCAAGAGGGAGAGAAAAGCAGCCAAAACGCUGGGCAUUGCAGUGCUGGCAUUUCUGAUUUCCUGGUUGCCAUACUUCCUGGAUUCAGUAAUUGAUGCCUUCCUAGGUUUCAUCACUCCCACAUAUAUUUAUGAAAUACUGACUUGGAUUGCUUAUUAUAACUCAGCUAUGAACCCCUUGAUUUAUGCUUUCUUUUAUCCUUGGUUUCGAAAAGCUAUCAAACUAAUUGUGACUGGUAAAGUUUGGAGACAGAAUUCCUCAACAAUAAAUUUAUUUUCUAGGUAA